CGCCCAGAAGGAGUACGGCGUCAAGAAAACUACCCCAAAAAUGCCUUCGGGGCCGAUGUCAUCUCUCUUAAGCAGAAGGCAACUAAGGCCAAGCUCAGCGGCCGGAAACCUCCAAAGUCACCCGUGUUUCCAUUCGAGCUUGUACGACAAUGUUGUCCGCCCGGCUACCUCGGUUGUACGGGGCUCGGAGAGGGACGAGUCACUGACCGUCCGCCGCCCAGCCACGCAGGCAUCCGGGCCUAAGUUCCACCAUCCACGGACCGCAAACUCCGACAGUAAAGUGUUAACGGCCGUUAAAAAACAGAGACGUCUGACUGUUGGCCCGACCGACGGGAUUGGAGAGGCGGAACAUAUCAUCAGGCCUGGGCAGCAAGUCACUAUCUCCACGGGGCAAAACCUUAAGGGGAAAAUAGAGGAGAAGAUUAACAUUGACACCCUCGAGGAGCUGAAGGCAGCUUUUGCCCAGGCAGAUGUCAACAAGUCCGGGAAACUUGAUCUGGAGGAGUUCAAGGCCUUACUGAAAAGUCAGCUCACACUGACACCCAGCAGGGAGACCCAGAUUGAUGCCCUGUUCAUGAAGAUAGACUGGUCAUCUGAAAACUACAUCACAUGGGAUGAGUUUUGUACGUACAUGCAGCUUGAAUAUGCAGAAAAGGAAGACUCGUACCUGAGAGCCAAGGAGGUGUCCUUCCAUCUGCCAGCAAAGAUAGAGCCCCUCCCCCACCGGGACCCAAUCCUGCGCAUCACCAGUACCCCUGAUGGAACAUUCAUAGCCUGUAGUCAGGAUGGCCAGGUGUCUUUCUGGACAUCAAAUCUAGAGCAGAAACGAAAAUUGAAACCACUGAUGGAAACUACAAGCAGACAAAAACCAAAAUGGAUCACAGAUUUUGUGAUAAUGACACAGUACAAUAAAUUUAUUGUCAGCACUGGUGACCGAGAGUUACAGUUCUUUGAGCUCUCCUCCCUAGAGCCAUACUGCCAGAUUGGGGGCUUAGAGACCGUCCCCCUCAAGUUAGAUUACUGCUCCACGGGUCAUGACGAGUGUCUGUUGCUGUAUGGAGACAGUCAAGGCUGUGUGAAUAUCCUCGUUAUGACAUCUGUAGGUGAAUGUUUGAGGACAUGGAAAAAGUUACCAAAGCAUGAAGGAUUCAUAGCCAGUGUUAGCCUGGAUGCCGUAGCCAGUGGACCUCAUGUUCAGUUUAUACGCUGGAGUGUUCACGGUGACUGGAUACAGCAGUUGAAAUAUUAUCAUGAGAUGAGGCAGGUGAUUUCUUGUUCAAACAAUGCAAAUUCCGCUCUGGUCAUAGGAUGCACCACAGGAAGUACCCAUGUGGAGCAGCAGUUAAAGGAAGUGGGCAACGCCGCUGGAGGGGCAGAGAGGCCGAGGGCAAAGGUCAACUUUGCCUACGCGACCACGAAGCCGCGUCUGGAUGCUGAUCAGACUGUGUUCAAAGUGUACAAGGGAGUGAAGUGUUUUGACUUCUCCAAGAGGAGGAAUAUCCUAGUCACAGGGGGUAUGGACAGAAUAGUACGGAUGUGGAAUCCCUAUGUACCUCUUAAACCUACAGGGAUGUUGAGAGGUCAUAAUGCUCCUAUCUUCUAUUUGUUUAUUGCUGAGGAAGACAACCGUGUCUUCAGUAUAUCCACAGACAAGUGCAUCAAGAUAUGGGACAUCCAGGACCAGAGUUGUCUGUUGACCGUCCGUCCUAAGGGACACAAGAUCAGAGGGGACCUUCAGGCUAUUCACUACUCCCCGGUCACUAAGGCCCUGGCUGUAUCAACAGAUCAGAUUGCCGUCCUCAGCUUAAGGCUCAGGCCAAUUCUCCACGCUGACAUAGCAAUAACCCACAAGGAGCCUGUGACCUGUGUUAGGUACAACCCUAGCUUCAGACAGGUGGUCACAUGCUCUGAGGGAUCGGUGAUCAAGCUAUGGGACUUUGACACAGGCAGUCCUAUCUUUGAGUAUGGAGAGGCCCAUGACAAUGAUGCAAUAACCUGUAUGACAUUUGAUAAUACUGGCAGAAGGCUGAUCACUGGAGGCCGAGAUGGAUGCAUGAGGAUUUGGAAUUACAACAAUGGACAUUGUCUACGAGUGCUCAAGAAAGCUGACACUAACGAGGAAGUGUGUGCCUGUUCUUAUGUAGAGAUGAACAGGAACAGGUAUGUGAUAGCUGUGGGAUGGGACAGAAGAAUUAACAUCUAUUCUGAUUCACUAGACGGCAAUAUCCACCACGUCCAGCACCCACUGCCCAAAUGGGCAGACGACCUGAGAAAUGGCCACAAGGAGGACAUCCUGUCUGUGGCUCAAUGCCCACCUAACCUGCUAGCCACAUCCAGUUAUGAUGGAGAGGUCAUUGUCUGGAACAUGAUCUCAGGUCACAUCUUCUGUCACCUUAAUGCCCCACCCCCUGAGGACUAUGUUGACCAGUCAUUGGAUGGAGACAUGGGCAUUAACCAAGUGACAUUCCUCAAGUCACGGAGCCACUGUAAAGACGCUGCAUCUCUGGUCACCAGUGGACCUCGGGGUCACAUCCACAUGUGGAACGUCUUCCAGGGUGGCACCCUCAUGGCUCAGUUUAAGGGGUCUAAGAUGACAUCUGGCAUGGUGACUUGUGUUCAGACCAAUGCUGCUAACUCUGUCUUGUUUACCACAGACAGUUUUGGCUUUAUUUAUGCCUGGAGGAUUGAUAAUUACUGCCUGGAGACAGCUGAAACUGACCCCCCAGAAUUGCUGACCCACUGGCGAGGUCACAUCGAGAGCAUCAGCUGUCUAGAGCUGGUAGAGGACACCAAGAUGAUUCUGACCUCCUCCAGUGACUGUACUGUUCGCAUGUGGACACUCAAUGGGGAAUAUGUUGGAACAUUUGGUCAGCCUGACACCUGGGACAUUCAUGACAACUCGAGUUACCAGCACCCCAUGGUGCCCUAUGAUGUGCUGAUUGACCCCCUCAGUCUGCCGGAACAUCCACUCCUGGGGGAGAAACAGGAUACUCAUGAGAUCAUCCAUGGUAGCACAUCACCAUCACCCUCAGGAGACAAGGAGAAGCGGACUCCAACCCCAACUUACCUAGCCAAUCGUCAGCAGUUCUUCGUGGAUGACAAGACAAUAGCUGAGCAGCUCAAGGCUAAGCCAUUCAGUAAAGGAACUGGCAAAAGGUUACGACAUGAGAAGACUCGACCAGUAAAACGCGAGGGUUGUGGACCCAGCGAAUAUCGCAUGUUACCGUGUUACGACCUCAUGGAGACGCCUCAACCCACUCCGCCACAGCUCAGAAUAAACAAAGACGACCCAUUCACCUUUUGUGUGGACUGAAUCUUGUGUUUUCUUGUACGUGUGUGAGCUUGUUGGUGUUGGUGUCAUUGUUUGACUGUACACAACAUUUACCCGUCUUUCAUUAAAACACUGGUGCAAGGGAGGGAAGCACGUAUGUAACGUGGCACAAUGCUGCUUUAGCCCAAGGGCAUUAACGAACAAGAGAACCACAAAUGUGAACAGCCUGCGGUGUGCUAAUUGUUAAAGACAAUAUGUGUUUAUGUCCAGUGGGGAUACUUUCCUUGUCUUGUUACCGUGAGUAGUGGAAUGGCAUCCCUGUUCCAUGUUGUUACUGAAUUUGGCAGUAUUAGACUAAAGCCUUGUUGUACUGUGUUAGCAAGAGUUUGAGCGGUCUACACAGGA